AUGGCACUUGCCAACAAUGAAGCAAGGAUUUUGGAUUCUUUGAGGCCGAUUUUCCCGCAGCUAAAUGACACCGUUAUCUUAAACUGCGUCAGGAAUGUACGAGAAACGGUAGGAAGUGAUCCGCUCUCAAUCAUUCCAGGCUGUAUCGAUGUCCUCUUAGCUGAACAGUCUUUUCCCGAAGUUCCUGUUCCUCAGAACAGACCAGCUGCUGUGACCAUUUCGCCCCACAAUAACGAUCCUGCAGGAAAUUUUCGGAUUCAAAACAACGAUGACGAUGUUAUUUUCGUUGCGAGCACUUCCCGCUCGCCCAAGACCAAAGCUCCAAGCCAUCAUGUUAUCAGUUUGAUCGAUGAGAAUGAAGUGACAAUUAUCUCGAACACCAAGUCGCCUGCUUCGAGUAAUAACACGUUAGCAUCUCCUCAGUCUCUAAAUACAAGUAGACCAACAGAAACGAGAACAAUUUCUGUAACUGAGAGUACAUUUUCAUCUACCACGGCGACAACGGGCUCGAAAGGAGAACGCGAUGUUCAGUCUAAAGUUUGUCAUGUUGAAAAGGCUCUCGAUCCAGCGGAGGAGGCGUUGAAAAACCUGCGGUCUUUAUUUCCCGAUGUAGAAGACGCCUAUGUUCAGACGUUGUUAAAGCAGUGGUCACAUAUCCCACUAUAUGAGGCUGUAAACAAUGCUUGUAAUGAAUUGUUAGAGAAGAAAGAUUAUCCGAGAAAAUCUCCAUCCCCUAUUUCAGUUACAAACCCAGUGGAUGACCAGAAAGAUAAAGACUACUUUCAGGAUUUCUCUACCAGGGUAUCAGACAAAUUUCGACAUCAAUGUUUUAUCCUUUUGCAAAAUGAUUUCAGAAUGAUUCCAGUUAAAUACAUUAGGUUGGCUAUGUCAAAGUUCAAAGGUCAUUAUGCUCCCUCCAAAAGGUAUUUGCAAGAACAGCUAAGGAUCUCUAACACUUCUAAUGAAACCAGCACAUCAGCUACAACUUCUGCAGUACAGGGAACAACUUCAUCCUCAUUGAAAACAGAGCAGACCAGCUCAACAUCCAGCCGUAACUUUUUUGUUCCUCCUAAAAUAGUUUUGUUAAGAUGUGGACGUCCUCUAGUCUCAGGUUUUUCAAGAAGUGUAAGUGAUAAAGAAUUGCAAAGAGAGAUUGAUUUUAUGAGAAAGUAUGAGCUAUCCAGAAGUGAGGAGAUGGAUCGAAUGCUUGCUGCCAGCUUAAAUGAUGAACAGUAUGAGGAGGAAGGGCAGAAAAUUGAAUGUGGCUGUUGCUAUAGUGAUGCAGCUUUUGAGGACAUGGUUCAGUGCUUGGAAGGUCACUUAUUUUGUGCGAGCUGUCUUAUGAACUAUGCUAAAGAAGCAGCGUUUGGUCAAGGUAAAGCAACACUCACAUGCCUGACUGACGGCUGUGAUGGUACUUUUCCAUUGAGCCAGCUGAAAAAAGCGUUACCAACCAACAUCCUGGAGAAAUACGAAGAUCGAGUGAAAGAGGAGUCUCUGUUAUUAGCCCAGAUGGAUGAUUUUGUACGGUGUCCUUCAUGCGAUUUUGCGGCAAUUCUGCCGCCUGAAGUCAAAGUGUUCAAAUGCCAGAAUCCUUCUUGUGCCAAAGAAACUUGCCGCUAUUGUAAGGAGGAUUGGUCUGAGCACUUUGGUUUAAGAUGCAGUGAGGUUGAGAAAUCGGCACAAAAAGAUGUCCGGCUCUCUUAUGAAGAAAAAAUGACAAUGGCAAAGAUACGGAAAUGCCCCAAGUGUGGCUGUGAGUUUACCAAGUCAGAUGGUUGCAACAAAAUGACCUGCCGCUGUGGAAUGAAAAUGUGUUAUGUCUGUCGCAAGCCAAACAUUGGAUACAAUCACUUUUGUCAGCACCCAAGGGAUCCUGGCAAACCUUGUGCUAAAUGCAAAAGCUGCUCCCUUUGGAGUGAUCCUAGCGAAGAUGAUGACCGUGCAGUAAAGGAGAUAGAGAAGGAGGCUCUUGAGGCAAAGAGAAAGUUUGAAGCAGAAAAUGUACCGUCAGAGGAUAACCCUGCUAAAAAAUCAAAGACAAACUGAAUGCUUUGCAUAUGUACACUGAACUUGGCUUGAUAAUAGGUGAAAGUGCAGAUCAAAUUCAUGGAUAUUUACAUUGUCAGCAUGUACAUUGUAUGGUACAUGAGAUCAAACAAAUAUAUAGCAUGCAAAAACAGUCGUCUGUCCUCACUCCUUGCCACUACAUGUAGUUGCAUUUCGCCAGGAAGGAUGUCUUUGCUUCAGCGACAAAUUCCAUACUGUUGAGGUAAAUCAAUGUUUACAUAAUAAAUUCAUUAGUCAUGGGGUUCCAAAUGUUAAUAUGUUCAGUUUUAUGCUUUUUGUGGUCGAGGUAUGGUAAUAUUUUGUGUUCUUCAGUGAACAAGCUUCAGCAAAACUAUAUAAUGUAUUCCACAAAAAUCGACUGUUUGGUAGAAGAUUCAUCAGGUUUACAUUUUACUUAUGUGACCGUUUGUCUUUUGUCCGCCAUGUGUAAGCAAUAGCUUAAACAAUAUAACUACUAUGUUACUGGACCAAUCAGAACUCCCACCCAGAUUCCGGACAGAUCAUAAAUCAUUAGAAUAAAAUUUCUGUUGCUGAGAUGCAGACUUCCCUCCUGGUGUUAGUCCCUAGGAACGAGGGGAGAUGGCUGUUUUUGCAGGCUAACAAAAUUAAUACAGACCUUGCAGUUGACUGAGACAAAUGAGAGAAACAGGUCAUUCGGUUUGGUAUAUGUAAUUAGUACUGUAGGCAGGGAGUGGAACUGUUGACAAGUUCCUUUGGUUCUAUUUUCCUUUUCUUUCCUAGUAGCCAGGGAUUAUACUCUUAACCCUUUAAGUCAUAAUAGUGACCAAUAUCAAUUUUCUCUCAACAAUAUCUGUACAUUGUCAAGAGAUUAGGUUAUGAGAAUUAAUAAAAUGAACACUAAAAAAAAAAAUUCUUUGAUCUUUUAUCAAAUGCUCUCAACACAUAUUCUUUAAUAAGAUGUAUAGAGAUCAGUUUGGAGAAUUUGUCUGUGGAUAUUGGGGCUUAAAGGGUUAAUAGCCUGAGGAAAUACCCAGCCACAGUCCCUUAGUGACAGCCCUGAAAAUAUUUUAUACAAUGUAUAAUCAUGCAAGGGUGUACUAAAGCAACACCCACUAGACUGAAUUUGUAUAACUCAUUCCUUGUAUGCUAAUGAGGCAUGCAAUUAAUUUAUUGUUAAGACCAGCUUCUGUACUCAAGGGCAAUUCACGCUGAAAUGUACAUGUACUGCACUUUUUGAAAACAAAUGGUAGUUAUCUGAACCAAGAAUAUUCUGUACGAGGCAAAGGCAGUACUUUUGAAUAAUUUAUAUACUUGCCUUUUUGCUGAUUUUUGUGAUCUUUUCAGUUACUACAGCCGGACGAAAACUGCGGCAUCAGUUGUUUGAAAGUUUUCAGUUAGUGAGGAAAAAUCCAGCGGCUGAGACGUGUUUUUCUCAGUAUUUGCACAAUUGUUCGGGAGAAACACGAGUGAAACUCCGUCAUCUUGUGUAAAAUCAGCAACCAACAUGAUUCCAACUGUCUUUCAAUUCAGAAUUUGUAGCAGUGGUUUCAGUUUGGAGCGUGCCUUCUCCAUUGUUCUUCUCAUCAGCAUUUAGCGAUUUUCAUUAGCAUAUUAUAAGGAAAAAGUAAUGCGAAUUCACUCUACUGGCAUUGUGGAGACUUAAUUUUGUCUUGUGGAAAAAGCCCCACUAUCUACGUACAUGUACAGUAAAUUAUUUCUUCAGGUUGACUUCAUACAUGUACAUUUCCAUGUAUGUUAAGAGAAUUUGCUAAAAAGAUCGAAAUAUUUUAUGUUUGGUGAUAAACUGAUUAAUUCAAAACCUUUUUCUCUUAGUUAGUUCCCUAGGCACUAAAAGGGUUAAAUGGUCAUGAAGGGCUGUUUACAUAGACAUCACAAUGUUUCUCUGGGAUUGCCAAUUUAUUUCAUAUUGUGUUUAAUACAUGUUUUCUUCUUGACCUGUUAUACCAACAUACAAUGAUGCUGUCUUGAUUUCAAUAAAAUUUAGUCGCCCCAGUAUCAUGUAAACACCCAUUAAGGCACAGCCUUCUUCCUAUGAUAAUCUUGACCACCAGCUACAUGUACAGUUCUUUUAAAAAGCAAAUAAUUAGCAGUUUUAAUGUGAUUCUUGUUUCUUCAGAAAUUAAGUACAAUUUAUCAGUCAUUGAAAGUCAAGGUUUCAAUCACAAUUUGUAAGAAAGAAAUCAUGAGGUUGUACAUAAUUAUUAAGAAGUUUUAGUUGGUUUUGUUACCGUUUUAUGCUUUCUAGUUCCGCAUUGUGAAAGUGUUUUUCUUGUUCUUUGUGAGCAAUUCUUUUCUUUGAGGAAAGUAAACAUUAAACCACAAAGAACAUUGAGGUACAAUACCAAAAAAAUAAUGGAAACAAAAAUCGAGGUACGAUUAAUGUUUUUUAGUGACACAUUAUAGAUUUAUUAUAAAGGAUAAAAAGAAAAAGUAGAGAAUUACAACAUCAAGAAUGAAUACUUGUGGAUAAGAAGUGACUGGGUGCACUGUAUGUUCAGAAGGAAGCUGCAAUUUUGGAAUAAUGAAUGUUUCAUGUUUUACAAAAUGAGUACUUUAUAGUUGAUUGUAAAAAGCAAAGAUAUUGAGUUUAUAUGGUAUAAAUGAUUGAUUAGUAUUAUUAUUGAUCUCACUGAGCUGUUUUUUUUUCUGCUGUGGUUAGACUAAUGCAUGUGGUUAUUGUUGCAUGUAAUCUUUCAAGAGUAGAAAGACUGUUGUUCUUUCUCAAAUACAGUAUGAAUGUCAACUGAAUUACCUUGGGUAGUAAUUAUAAAAAUAUUAAAUGAGUAUUAUCUGAUGUUUAUUACUGUAUCAUUGCAUUAUCAUUGUCUUUUUUUUUCAGUUUAUAGAUUUCCAUCUAAUCUUUUCUCCAUUUCCAUUCACAAUAACUUGGGUCUCCUGUGUCAUAAUGCAAGUGACUUUUCUCUUUGUAAUGAACCCAUGGGAUCCUACGGAACUCAGGGGGUUCAUCAAGUACCGACGACCGACGAAACGCGUCGGCUACUUUGCUCAGAGCAGUCGCCUACUUUUUUCUCCAAAAAAGAAGCAAUAAGUUUUAAAAAAUGUUGUGAACAAAAGAUAUAUAAUUAAAUCUGAAUUAAAACGUAAGUUAAUUAUGAUGACUUUUCAAGGUCCACUGAUAUGUCAUGCUUUAGGUACACCAGAAGCGCUUCUGGCUACUUGCAAUAUUAUGAUAAUAAAUGUCUGGUCUUGUCUUGUCUUGUCUUGUUGCACAAACGCUAUAUUUCAGUCAAUUGUUUUCUACGUUUCUUUGUAGGUUUAUGCAGAAUUUGUUUAUGUGCAAAUAUACUUAAUUUUGAAUAUCAACAUUUGCUCAUUGCUGGUAAGAAUUGAUUGUGUGGCUAUGAAACCUGAAUGAAAGCUUUAUUUUCUUGAAAGAAAAACAAGCUCUACUGUUCUCAAUUUAGUCCCCGGAACACUGGAAAUCUCAUUUUAGGGCUUCGAAAUUCCAAAAUUUUCUGGGGGAGCACACCCCCAGACCCCCCAAGAAGAAGGGGUCUAACGGCCCCUUGUUGAUACAGUCGGUUACUCUAUCCAAACCUUCUGGCUACUUCAAUUAUUAUUGAAACCCCUGGGAACUACUAUUCUGCAAUGCAGCCUAUAUUGCCAUGUUUCCUUCCAUUAACUGCCAUUGUAACUCCAAAAUAAAAACACACGCUAUUGGGCAUGUUAAAAAGUGUUACAGAUCAGGGCGCGGUUCCUCGAAAGAUGGUCAAGUUUAACCCAGGAUUAAGCCAAAUUUCAAGCGCGGUCGAGAUUGCACAAUACUGUUGAGCCUUUACAACGAGAUACCGUAAUGAUAACACAAAAUGUCACCCUAAGCAAUGCAUAGGAAUGUAAAAUACAAAAACGGAACAAAAUUUUAAUCCUGGAUUAACGCUAAUCUGCCUCUCAGGAACCGGGCCCAGAAGCCUACAAUGCGCGGUAUUGGUUUUGCAUGAGCUAUACAUGCAUGUGUGUAUGUCUAUUCGUCUUGCUAUGGUUACAGAAAGAUUUCCUAGUGCCUAGACAGAAUAGAAGUCUAUUUAAUGUAAUCUUAAUGAGGGAGAAAAAAAAGCCCCCACUCCAACGCCUCCGCCCAACAUCCGGAAGGCCCUACUCCUGGCCCACACAGCUCGGAGCUUUCUUGCCAAUGCAUGCUGGUCGCGGUCGCUUAUGAGAUGUGGUCGUUUACGAGAGGUUUAAUUAUAGGGCUUGGAAUGGGAAAAAUUUCAUGUGUUUUAAAGAGGUGAUCGCUUACGAGGGGUGAUCGCGCAUUUAGCUUUGACUAUAUUUCUCAGGUAGCAAUGCAAUAAUUGCAAUCCAGUUAAGGCUUAACUCCUUAUAUAACGCUAUCCUAUAGGUUAUAAGCUGUAAUAAAUCGAGGAGAAAUGUUUUCGUGAGAACUGAUUGAAUAGUUUACAUUUCAAGUUCACAUUUCGCGGCUAAUCGUAACCACCUGCCUAAUGCAUUAACAGAGCAAAUAGGAAGAAAGAAAACGGGUUCCUCAUUAAACAUUUACCAUUUUCCUGAGACCCGAGAAUAUUUCCUUUAGUUUCCGCUGGUAUCUAAAGCAAAAAUCUAUUAGAUCAUCGGAUCGAUUCUUCAGCUAUUCACUGCUUCUAGAACGCUAGAUCACACGUUAGUUGACAGUUAGAGCCCCGGAAACAUCCCUAGGAUUCAGAAUGGCUUUGGCGAAGGAUUACGAAGAGUACCCGCCUGUUAUUGAUCUUCUAAUUUAGUCACUUAAACGAUCCAGUGAACAAGAUGAAUUUAACGCAGGUUGUUGGCGGAAUGCUGGUUCAUUCCGGCACUUAAACAACAGUUUCAAUUGACCGAGAAGUUUACUUACAAACUGCGGUUGGUUAGAUCACUGGGAUCGGAACACAACUAUGCUUUCAUUGAUCUACAAAAUGGCAGCCAAUAUGAACUUAAUAUUCGCCGUUUCCAUCUGCGUAAUCUUUUGCUCGACUCUCUCGUACGCUGUUGAAACUCCGACCACUCUAGAAGGCAAGAAAGAAGAUGAAAUGGAGAACACGCACAAGACAGAUAGCCUGAGCAUGUUUAUUCUAAUAACCCUUUUGAUCAUCAACGUUCUCAUGAUCUGGCUGUUUAAGAUUCGUAGAUUUGAGUUCUUCCAUGAAACCGGCGUAGCCAUGAUCCUUGGUGUUAUCGUAGGAGCCAUAAUCAAGUACUCCGAGAACCACGGACACAGAAAACCUUUAGCUGUGAAAUUAAAAAAUUGCGGAAACAUCACCAUAGCCCCUAAAAACGUUUAUGUCAGUAUAAACGGUACGGAGUACUCAUACACUCUAACUGGGAUUCGCUUUCCGCCCAACACAUCUCCAUCAGACGAAGGCAGCGAAAUAGAAUCCAAGUCAUCUUUUAACCCGGAAGUAUUCUUCUACGUUCUUUUGCCUCCAAUAAUUUUCUAUGCCGGGUAUAGUUUUCAGAAACGUUAUUUCUUCCGGAAUUUGGGUGCCAUUAUGACUUACGCUUUCUUUGGCACCACUAUUUCAUGUAUCGUUACUGGCUCGCUUGUCUUUGGUUUUAAUAUAUGGACAGGCGUCACAGAAACUUUUGAUUACGCAGAAUGCUUGCUUUUUGGCGCCUUGAUCUCUGCCACUGACCCGGUUACAGUGCUAGCGAUUUUUCACGACCUUCACGCCGACCUAGACUUGUAUGCUCUCGUUUUUGGGGAGAGCGUCCUAAACGACGCCGUAGCCAUUGUUCUCUACAGGGCCAUCGAAACGUACCUCGCUUACAACCAGAGCGACUUACGCGAUUUCGAUCUCUUCUCGUUUUUGAAGGCCAUUGCAGAUUUUGUGGCUAUUUUUGUCGGUUCGUUCACCAUAGGCUGCGGUAUGUCAUGCAUAAAUGCACUUGUUACAAAGCUCACAAAGAUAGGAAGCUUUCCGAUCUUGGAGACAGCUCUAUUUUUCCUUAUGUCUUAUUGUACUUUCUUAGCAGCUGAGCUUUCAAAUUGGUCCGGUAUUGUAGCCGUUCUCUUCUGCGGAAUAACACAACAGCACUACACGUACAGAAACCUCACCGAAGAAUCGAGAAUGCGUACGAUGCAGACCUUCGAAUUGUUAAACUUCUUGGCAGAGACCUUCAUAUUUUCGUACAUAGGCUUGUCUGUUUUCGCCUUCACAAACCACCAGUGGAAUGCGGGUUUCAUCGGAUGGUCGUUUUUAGCCAUACAGGUUGGUCGCGCUCUCAAUAUUUAUCCACUAUCGCUGUUCCUGAAUUUGGGCAGAACCCGAAAAAUACCACUGAAUGUUCAGCAUAUGAUGUUCUUUUCUGGGUUACGUGGUGCAAUUGCGUUUGCUUUAGCUGUCAGAAAUACUGUGUCAAUCCCUAGGCAGAUGAUGUUGACAACGACUCUGAUAAUAGUCAUCGUGUCUGUGAUUGUGUUUGGGGGUGUGGCAUUGCCAGUACUCUCGUGUUUAAAGAUUAAGACAGGUAUCGACGUGAUUGAGGAAGAAAAGCGUGCGCGCAGAUUGAGCCUCAUUGAUGUCAACGACCCAUCAGGAAGCACGCCACUAGAAAGAAUUGAGAAGAUGCAGUAUGAAAAGUCUUGGUUAGUGAGAGUUUGGUCGCGCUUUGACGAGAAAUACUUGACGCCUAUUUUUGUUGAAGAGAGUCAAUUGCAAUCGUCACCAUCAAGUCUGAAUUAA